AUGGGUUCUGAACAAAACGAUAGCACGAGCUUCACGCAAUCAACAGAGCCAAAGCUAUGUGCAAACGGGUGUGGGUUUUUCGGGUCACCAUCAAACAUGGACCUUUGUUCGAAAUGUUACAGGGACAUAUGUGCAGAGGAAGCUCAAACAGCUGUUGCGAAAGCUGCGGUGGAGAAGUCUUUCAAGUCGUCUCCUCCUCGCACUCUCUUUAUCUCUGAACCGGCAGUGAAGUCGUCCGAACCGGAGAAGGAAAAAGCGGUUGUUGUUGUCGCCGAGGCAUCCUCCGCAGCAGCAGAAGAAGAAGCGGUUCCAGCUCCUGAAGAGAGCGAGCCAUCAAGACCACCUGCACGACCGAACCGGUGUCUGUGUUGUAACAAGAAGGUUGGUGUAAUGGGGUUUAAGUGCAAAUGUGGGAGCACUUUCUGUGGGGAACAUCGGUACCCUGAGAGUCAUGAUUGCAGCUUUGAUUUCAAAGAAGCUGGUCGUGGAGCGAUUGCGAAAGCUAAUCCUGUGAUCAAGGCAGAUAAACUUCAGAGGUUCUGA